AUGUUCGUUGGUUACAGAUCAGAUGUAGACGUAUGGAUCAAUUAACAAACGAUAGGCCAUAUUUGGUCGCAAUGCAAGCUGGUUAAUAAUUACCGCAAUGACAAUGGUCCGAUCUGAUUGGUUAAAAUUAUUGUAUAAAUACAGUUACUCAUAUUAGUAACUGUCACUUUAAGUGUGCGUUACAAGAUCUAAGUUGGCUCUUCCAGAACUGCCAUUUAACAUUCCUGUUGCACUGGUUUGGUCAAACGAAGAGUUACAGGUCGUAUCCAAUCCUUCCCUUCUUCCUGGACCAAGAUGCCAAUGAAAAUGAUACUGCUGCUGUUUCUUUCAAUAAAUCUCCACCAAAUAAAGGCAAUGUAUACAGAAGUGAUCACAACAAACAGUGGUAAAGUACGUGGUCUAAUACAGUCAAGCAGUUUACCAGGAAUCAAAGUUCAGAAGUUUCUCAAUAUUCCUUAUGCUGAGGCGCCAGUUGGUGAACUAAGAUUUGAGAAACCUAAACCAAGAAAACCUUGGAACGAAACACUAAACUCCACAGAAGUCAACAUCGCAUGUUUUCAGAAAUACAUUCAAGGAUGGAACUUAACAGAAGAUUGUUUAAUUCUCAACAUAUGGACUCGAUAUCCUCAGCCAAAGAACGCCACUGUCAUGGUAUACAUCCACGGUGGUUCAUUUCGAAGUGGGAGCUCCAGAUCUCGACGUCAUAAUGGCGCCAAUUUUGUCGCUGUCGGUGACGUGAUCCUGGUAACCAUCAACUAUCGACUAUCUGGGCUGGGAUUUUUAACCUCCGGAGAUGAUAGAAUUAAAGGUAACCUCGGUUUGUACGAUCAGCGUUUGGCGAUGAAAUGGGUUAAGGAGAAUAUUGCUAGUUUUGGUGGAAAUCCAGAGACAAUCACGUUAUUUGGUUUAAGUGCUGGAGCAAGCAGUGUGUCAGCUCACACGAUAUCUGAGGAAAGUUGGCCUUAUUUUGACCGAGUCAUACUCCAAAGCGGAAAUAUGCUUAUGCCUUGGGCAAUUCUUUCAGAGGCGCAGAUAAAGAAAGGAUUUGAUUCGUUCCUGAAAGCAAUCGACUGCAGAAAUGAUGAAAAUUUGUUAACUUGUUUGAAGACUAAUAUCACACAUGAUAAACUGCAAGAUAUUUACAUGAGCAAACCUUACAUCUUAAAAGACCUCUGGCUUGCACCUGUGGUUGAUGGCGAGUUCAUCAAAGAUCAACCAUACAAACUAUUUAAAUCAGGCCAUGUCAAGAAUUCCACCAUUAUAUUAGGAAUAACGAAGGAUGAAAUGUUUUUUAAUAACCAGGCUAUAAUAUGGCAGACACGAAACAUCACAAAGAUCCAGCAAAAAUUUAAGGAUAUUUUAAAGGAACAUUUCAAGAACAAGCCUGAGAGAGUCCAAGAAUACGCGUAUAAACUUUAUUAUCCUGAAUGCACCCCAUCAUUCAUAGAAGCAUUUAGACCUAUAGUAGAUAUUUAUUCAGAUAUCGUAUUUACCUGUGGGACAAAACAAGAAGCUCUUCUUAGAUCAAACAUGCCAACAUCGGAGGUUUAUCUCUACCGGUAUUCAUACGCCACACCUUCACCGUAUAGUGCUUAUCCCCGGGGUCAGCUGGGCUUUGCAGCGCACGGUGCUGACUUCUUGUCUUCAUUUGGACGUACAAUAAACAACCCAAGUUUCCCAGCUGAGGAUCAGAUAUUAUCGAUGAGAGUGAUUCUUUACUGGACGAACUUUGCUAAAACUGGUAAUCCAAAUAAAGGAACAACAACUCUACCACUGGUUCUCAAUCAAAUCAACAAUCUACCAACAUGGCCGCGACAUACUAUCACUACACAAGAGUUCCUCGACAUGGGCAGUUUAUCUCAGAUGAAGAUUGGGACGAAAUUACGUGAGAAAUAUUGUGAAUUCUUAAAGGACCCUGAAGAGGUUAGUACUAAAGCUAGGGUUAACAAAGCACCAGGGAAUCGUAGAGGAAUCUUCGUGGUUGUAAUGGUGUCAUUCUUCGCAAUAUCACAGAUGCAAGCCUAAUCAUCGUUGUAGCCAAUCAGCGUUGACGACAACUAACGGCAACUAACGACGAUCAUUAACGACGAUUUUACAAGGCUUCAGAGCUAAUGAAAUUUCAUAUAUCACUAUUUGCAUUGUGGAUUGCGUUGCCCUCAAACUAAUCACGCAACUUUGAACAGCAUCGUUCAUAUUAUUUGCGCUACUGGGUAGCAAUAUUUUAUUUUAUAAGAUUUUGAUAUAAUAUAUCUUCAGAAGAAUGCCAACUGAGUUGUAAAAAAUCUUAUUUGUGCAAAAUAUUGUAUUGAAUUUCCUGUU